AUGAUUUCAAACCAAUCUUAUUGUUUUUCUGGUAUUGCUACCUUGUAUUCCUUCUUCUUCUUGGUUUCCCUCUUCCUACACACUCUUGCUUCUCCCAUGCUCCACUAUUGCCGUCAUGACCAGAGGGAUGCUCUUCUGGAUUUCAAACACGAGUUUCCAGUAAAUGAAUCCAACUCAAGUCCAUAUUUAAGUUCAUGGAACAAGACUAGUGAUUGCUGUUUUUGGAGGGGUGUCACGUGUGAUGCUAAAUCUGGCGAGGUUAUUUCACUUGACCUUAGUUUCUCCCCUUUCAACAACUCUUUGAACCCAAAUAGUGGUCUUUUCAAACUCCAUCAUCUUCGUAACCUCACUCUUGCAAACUGCUAUCUCUAUGGAGAGAUUCCUUCUUCAUUAGGAAACCUUUCCCAUCUCACACAUCUUGACCUUUCGGAAAAUUAUUUAGUAGGUGAAGUUAUGGCUUUAGUCGGAAACCUAACCCAACUAAGGUACCUGAGCCUUAGCAGUAACAAGUUCAGUGGGAAUAUUCCUGUUUCAUUUGCCAAUUUAACGAAACUGUCCUAUUUAGACAUCUCAGAAAAUCAAUUCGAAUCCACGCUUCCACGUGACAUGAGUAGAUUCCAUAACUUAGAGGAAUUUUAUGUGGGUGGAAACUCAUUUUCCGGGUCUUUUCCUACAUCAUUGUUCAUGAAUCCUUCGUUAACAUGGGUUGUUUUGACGAGAAACCAGUUCAAGGGACCAAUAGAAUUUAGUAAUACAUCUUCGUCCUCUAAGCUUCAGGGUCUAUACCUUUCUCACAACAAAUUCGAUGGCCCUAUCCCCAAAUCCAUUUCAAAAUUUUCCAAUCUUGAACAUUUAUUUCUUGGUAGCAACAGUUUCACUGGGUCAGUCCCCACAUUUUUGUCAAAGUUAGUCAACCUCGAAAUUCUUGAUCUUAGCCACAACAAUUUAGUUGGGCCAAUCCCUAGAUCAAAUAUAGUCAAACUCAAAAGUCUUGAUCUUUCCAACAAUAAGUUGGAAGGUGAAAUACCAGGUUGGUUAGCGGGCUUGUCGGCAUCGAUGCUUUCUGGCAAUUCUUUCAAAAGUUUUGCAAAAUCAUUUGAAGUUUCCGAUUUAACACAAAUCAUAUUGUUGGAUCUUAGUUCGAAUUCUUUCCGAGGACCAUUACCCUCUUGGAUCUGCAAGCUUAGAUCGUUAGAUCUUUUGGAUUUGUCCAACAAUAGCUUCAACGGCUCCAUUCCUCAAUGUUUUAAGAAUAUUGUUGUUGAUCUUCGAACGCUAAAUAUGCAAAACAACGAUUUCAGUGGAAUUCUUCUUCCAGAGAUAUUUGUCAAUGCUACCAGACUAAUAAGAGUUGACGUUAGCGGCAACAAGUUUGAGGGAAAGCUUCCAGAAUCAUUGAUCAACUCACGUUAUUUGGAAAUUUUAAAUGUGAGAAGCAACCGAUUCAAAGACAAGUUUCCAUCUUGGUUGAGUUCUCUGCCGUCGUUAAAUGUCUUGAUCAUACGAUCAAAUGAAUUCUACGGGCCGUUGUAUGAUCAUCCCAAUGUAUCCAUUGGGUUUCAAAGUUUAAAGGUCAUUGAUAUUUCACAUAACGACCUCAAUGGAACUUUGCCGCCUUUCUAUUUCUCCAACUGGCGUGAAAUGACCACAUUAUCCAAAGACAUCUCUACUGGCAUGUACAUGGAAAAUCCCGGGUUUUCUGGUGGUUACUACCUUCCUUCGAUGGAAAUGGUGAAUAAAGGAGUCGAUACGAAAUUUGAGCAGAUUUUAAAAGACUUCAGAGCUAUUGACUUUUCGGGAAACAAUUUUGUUGGAGAAAUCCCGAAAUCCAUUGGACUGCUCAAGGGAUUGCGUCUUCUCAACUUGUCAGGUAACGCAUUCACAAGCAACAUACCUCAAUCGUUGGCAAAUUUGAAAAAUCUCGAGGCACUAGACCUAUCUCGGAAUCAGCUGUCAGGUCAGAUUCCUCCAGAUCUUGGAAGCCUCUCCUUUCUGUCGACCAUGAACUUCUCACAUAACAAUCUCCAAGGUCCAAUACCAAAAGGCACACAGUUUCAAAGGCAGAAUUGUUCUGCAUUCAUGGACAACCCCAGACUCAACGGUCUCGAAGACAUAUGCGGAGAAACUCAUGUCCCUGAUCCUACACCACAAGAAACCGAGGAUUUGUCGGAGCCAGAAGAACAACAAGUGAUUAGUUGGAUAGCAGCGGCCAUAGCCUAUGCACCUGGUGUGUUCUGCGGAUUUGUGAUUGGACAUAUCUUCUUCACCCAAAAACACGAGUGGUUCAUGGAAAUGUUCCGUCCAAGCAAUUAAUCCCAAAAGAAA